GCGCAGUGGCUCCGAGCGGGCGGUUGCUUGUUGGUUGUUGUAGUAACCGGGGAAGCAGCAGUCGGCGGCUGCCCGGAGCCCUGCUGGGGAAAGAAGAGAGAGGUAGGAGCAGAGUGUGGUCCACGCCUGCCCGCUUGAACCAUGGGAAGAUGAGACAGGAAUCUGUGCCAUCCAAAUUGCUUGAUCCGGUGAAUCUUCUAGGAAAGGUCUCUGAGGCCCCUGUCUGCUGACUGUAUGACAAGCCCUAAAGGAAAUGCCAAUCGUGAUGGCCCGGGACCUGGAGGAAACAGCAUCAUCCUCAGAGGAUGAGGAGGUCAUAAGUCAAGAGGAUCAUCCAUGUAUCAUGUGGACUGGAGGCUGCAGGAGAAUUCCAGUUUUGGUAUUCCAUGCUGAGGCUAUUCUGACAAAGGACAACAAUAUGAAAGUAAUCGGAGAACGUUAUCAUUUGUCUUAUAAGAUUGUACGAACGGACAGUCGCCUGGUACGCAGCAUUCUGACAGCUCAUGGAUUUCAUGAAGUUCACCCAAGUAGCACUGACUAUAACCUAAUGUGGACAGGAUCCCACCUGAAGCCCUUCUUACUUCGUACCCUCUCUGAAGCACAAAAAGUUAAUCACUUUCCAAGGUCUUAUGAACUAACCCGGAAGGACCGACUGUACAAAAACAUUAUUCGAAUGCAGCAUACACAUGGAUUCAAGGCUUUUCACAUUCUCCCUCAGACCUUCCUACUGCCAGCUGAAUUCAUAUUCAAAGGACCGGGGACCUUGGAUAGUAAAACCAGUGGCUUCUUCUAGGGGCCGAGGCGUCUACCUGAUCAACAAUCCAAACCAGAUUUCCCUGGAAGAGAACAUUCUGGUCUCCCGUUACAUUAACAACCCCCUGCUCAUAGAUGAUUUCAAGUUUGAUGUGCGCCUCUAUGUGCUCGUGACUUCCUAUGAUCCUCUUGUCAUCUAUCUCUAUGAAGAAGGAUUGGCUAGGUUUGCAACUGUGCGAUAUGAUCAAGGAGCCAAGAACAUUCGGAAUCAGUUCAUGCAUCUGACAAACUACAGUGUGAACAAGAAGAGUGGAGACUACGUCAGUUGUGAUGAUCCGGAAGUGGAGGAUUAUGGAAACAAAUGGAGUAUGAGUGCUAUGCUUAGGUACCUGAAACAAGAAGGCCGAGAUACAACCGCAUUGAUGGCCCAUGUGGAAGACCUGAUCAUUAAGACUAUAAUCUCUGCUGAACUAGCUAUUGCUACUGCCUGUAAAACCUUUGUUCCUCAUCGCAGCAGUUGUUUUGAACUCUAUGGCUUUGACGUGCUCAUAGAUUCUACUCUGAAGCCAUGGUUGUUGGAAGUGAAUCUCUCUCCUUCUUUGGCCUGUGAUGCACCUCUGGACCUAAAGAUUAAAGCCAGUAUGAUUUCAGAUAUGUUCACUGUUGUAGGAUUUGUGUGCCAAGAUCCUGCCCAGCGAGCAUCAGCCCGGCCAGUUUAUCCCACCUUUGAGUCUUCCAGGCGAAACCCUUUCCAGAAACCUCAGCGUCCAGUAUCUGCACAGUUACAGUCAUCAAGGGCCAAGCAGCGUUCCCGUCCGCUUUCAGCCAGUGAUGCAGAAAUGAAAAACCUCGUGGGCUCAGCCCGGGAGAAAGGGCCAGGGAAGUUGGGUGGUUCUGUGCUUGGUCUGUCAAUGGAGGAGAUCAAAGUUUUACGGAGAGUGAAGGAGGAAAAUGACCGGAGAGGUGGAUUUAUUCGCAUAUUUCCUACAUCUGAGACAUGGGAAAUAUAUGGGUCCUACCUCGAACAUAAGACCUCCAUGAACUAUAUGCUGGCAACACGCCUCUUCCCGGACAGGGGAAACCCAAGAAGAAGCUUAUUGACAGGAAGAACACGAACGACUGCUGAUGGAACACCAGAAUUGAAGAUAGAUGGCACGAAUUCAAAGGCCAAGCUGCAUGCCGCACUUUACGAGAGGAAGCUCCUGUCUCUGGAGGUGCGAAAAUGUAGACGACGGAGUAGCAGAUUGAGGGCAAUGAGGCCAAAAUACCCAGUGAUUACCCAACCAGCUGAAAUGAAUGUUAAAACUGAGACAGAGAGUGAAGAGGAGGAAGAAGUCGCGUUAGUUAAUGAAGAUGAAGAACAAGAAGCUUCCCAGGAGGAGUCUGCAGGGUCUCUUAGAGAAAAUCCAGCCAAAUAUACACCCUCAUUAACAGCUAUGGUAGAAAAUGCACCCAAAGAAAAUUCCGUGAAAGCUCCUGAAUGGAAUAAUAAAGGUGAACAGUGCUGCAAAAUUGAGGCUCAGGAGCCAGAGCCUAAAUUUAACCUGAUGCGGAUUCUUCAAGAUAAUGGUAAUCUUAGCAAAGUGCAGGCCCGAUUAGCAUUCUCUGCCUAUCUCCAGCAUGUUCAAAUUCGCCUGAUGAAAGGCAGUGGAGGUCAGACGUUCAGUGCCAGUUGGGCUGCCAAAGAGGAUGAACAGAUGGAGCUGGUAGUUCGUUUCCUCAAGCGAGCAUCAAGUAACCUCCAGCAUUCACUGAGGAUGAUAUUACCCAGCCGACGAUUGGCACUUCUGGAACGCAGAAGGAUCCUGGCCCACCAGCUCGGUGACUUUAUCCUUGUAUACAGCAAGGAAACAGAACAAAUGGCUGAAAAGAAAUCAAAGAAGAAACUUGAGGAAGAAGAGGAAGAUGGAGUGAAUAUGGAAAACUUUCAGGAGUUUAUCAGACAAGCAAGUGAGGCUGAACUGGAGGAGGUGUUGACUUUUUAUACCCAAAAGAACAAAUCUGCCAGUGUCUUCCUGGGGACUCACUCUAAAAGUUCUAAGAACAACAACAGUUAUUCUGAUAGUGGGGCAAAAGGUGAUCACCCUGAGACAAUAGUGGAAGAAGGGAAAAUAAAGCCGCCUAAGCAGCAACAGACAACAGAAAUUCAUUCUGAUAAAUUAUCUCGAUUUACCACUUCAGCAGAAAAAGAGACUAAAUUAGUUUAUACCAAUUCUUCCUCUACUUUCUCUGGUCCUGCUGCUACUCUGCAGAAAAUUCCCAACACCUCUGGGAAUUCUGACCUCUCUCCAGGGCCUGGCCACCAUUCUUCUUUAUCUCAAAUUCCUUCAGCUAUCCCUAGCAUACCUCACCAGCCAACAAUUUUACUGAACACAGUCUCUGACAGUGCUUCUCCCUCCCUCCAUCCUGGGGCACACAACAUCCCAAGCCCUGCUGGCCUGCCACGCUGUCGAUCAGGAAGUUACACCAUUGGCCCCUUUUCCUCUUUCCAAAGUGCUGCACACAUCUAUAGCCAGAAACUGUCUCGUCCCUCUUCAGCAAAGGCAGGAUCGUGCUAUCAAAACAAGCAUCAUUCAGGAAUAGCCAAAACACAAAAAGAGGGAGAAGAUGCUUCUUUAUAUAACAAACGGUACAACCAAAGUAUGGUGACAGCUGAACUUCAGCGACUCGCUGAGAAGCAGGCAGCGAGACAGUAUUCUCCAUCCAGCCACAUCAACCUCCUCACCCAACAGGUAACAAACCUGAAUUUGGCAACUGGCAUCAUAAACAGAGGCAGUGCUUCAACUCCCCCCACCCUCCGACCCAUCAUCAGUCCUAGUGGCCCGACAUGGUCAAUACAGUCAGACCCCCAAGCUCCUGAGAAUCACUCCAGCCCUCCUGGAAGCAGGAGCCUCCAGACAGGUGGCUUUGCCUGGGAAGGAGAGGUAGAAAACAACGUGUACAGCAAGGCUACAGGGGUGGUCCCCCAGCACAAGUAUCACCCCACAGCGGGCAGCUACCAGCUCCAUUUUGCCCUGCAGCAACUUGAGCAACAAAAACUUCAGUCCCGGCAGCUCCUGGACCAGAGUCGAGCCCGGCACCAGGCAAUCUUUGGCAGCCAGACACUACCUAACUCGAAUUUAUGGACAGUGAAUAAUGGUGCAGGCUGCAGAAUUUCCAGUGCCACAGCUAAUGGCCAGAAGCCAACCACUCUGCCACAAAAAGUGAUACCACCUCCAAGUUCUUGCGCCUCCCUGGUCCCCAAACCCCCACCCAACCACAAACAAGUGCUCAGAAGAGCAACAUCCCAGAGGGCUUCCAAGUCUGACCAAGCUCCCUUGUGUUUCAGAGGGUCCUCCGCAGAAGGGCAGCAGAAUGGACUCCAAAGCAGCCUUAACCCUGCAGCCUUUGUGCCCAUCACCAGCUCCACAGAACGUUGCCAGAAGAUACUGCCAGGGCUGUCCGGAUCAGUUGAAAAGGCCUUAGGGACAGAUCUGAGAGAUCCUGCUCACACUAAAAGAUGAACCACAAACACACAGAGAAACAACCUAUUCACCACUCCUGGGUGCGUGAUUGAGGGUGAAGCAUCCACCAGCACUGCAAGGGGUCCAUAGUAUUUUUUUUUUUUUUUUUUUUUUUGGCUGCCUCAAAGUUCCCAAAACCUUCGAACAGAUGUGGCAGUAGAUGGUUGCCAAUCAGCCAAUGCAGACUUUCACUGGGACAACAGGAAAGCAGAUCCUCUGGGUUUUGAUGGAACUUGGCAGUGGGAACAUUCAGCUGAUGCAUUAUAUACCCCAACAGAGCACACGUGUAUCUUUUACCUUCCCUUUACCCCAUGCCCCCAACCUGCUUAGGUCUUCUCUGUCCCUUUCCUGCUGCUGCACAGAGAUGAUAUAAAAGAGGCUCUUUGGCUAUUUGCAUUUUGCUUCCUCAUCUUUUCCAGAUUGCAGUAUGAAGCUUUAUUUUGUUUGUACAAGCUUAAUAUUCCAACCUCAUCAUCUACCAAAGUUGCUCCUCCCUUUUCGGAGGGUCUAGGGGGAAGGAGGAGCAUUCAUCACAAGUCUCCUAGGGAGAGGAGACAAGUCGGUGUGCUGUUGACAACACGAGCCGGGGUAAAGGCACCCUUUGGAAUUCCUGAUUUCAAAGAUUAAUAAAGUAAUUCUAUUUUUA